AAUGGAGAGGGGUAGAGAGAGAGAGUAGAGAGGGAAAGGAGGUGGGUGGAAAAUUUAAAAAUAGUGAGGAUAAUUUGGACAAAAAGAGUAUUUUUACUUUUUUGGUAAUUACUUUUAUUUAUUAGCUUUUUCACUCCUAUACAUAUGGAUGUAUUUAUAGUACCACCAAAAUAAGUUGUUAUUUAUUAAAUUAUCCCUAUUUUUAAUGUCGUGGUGGAGGAGCACAGCUACUUGAUGCAACAGAUUCUCUUCUUUUUUUUCUUUUCUUUUUUUUCAAUAAUUAUUCAAAAUAUAAGACAUAAAAUAGCCCAAUAUCCUCCUUCAAAUAAUCAAAUGACAAUAAUGAAACUCAACAAAUACUGGUUACAGUAUAUCACUAAGUUCGAUUGUUUGAAUGUAAAAUAUUUUUAAAAUAGAGUAUUUAUGGAAAGAAAAUUAAUUAAAUAAGGAGUAUUAUAUAUAUAGAAAUGAGGAAGAAAAUAAGUAAAAGGUUGUUUGGGUACUAUAAAAUGGCAUUGUUGAUAUUAAAACUUUUUUUUGGUUACAUGACUUGCACGAGCCACACAGGUCAAUUUUUAAGGUCAAAAGUCCUCAUUUUCAGACUUCUAAAAUUACGAAAAUAGAAUUUAAGAAUGUACACUUUUAAAACUACAAUUGUGAUUUUUGCCCUUCAUGCUUAUAAUGUAAAUAAGGUCCUUUCUUAUUGUUAAGCGAAAUUAUAAAUAUAUCUUCUAUUUUGGACAAUCCGGAUCCUUAGUGGUUAGGUCCUGUGGUAUAAAACGCCACCACCGUCUUCAACCUUUUGAAACUGCUAGUUUUCUUGGUCUCUUUCAUACUAUCUCAUUUUCUCAUCUCUAUGGGGCAAUCCUAUUGCUGACUAAAUUAUAAUGCAAAGACUCUUUAAUUAAUUAAAUUAUGGCGCCUUUUAUUUUUAUAAGUAAAAUAAAUAGUGCCAAGGCCCCUAUCAUCACGCUUUGGAACAUUAAUAAGAAUUCGCAUUCGCGCCAUCACAGAUAUAGCAUAUUGUUUAUAAAAUCGUAUAUUCCAAAUUUUAUCCCAGAGUUACUAUAGAUAGACCCUACUUAAAAGAAUAAAUAAAUAAAUCAAUAAUGCCGUUUGAGACCUAGCUAAAGCGCACGCUCCUGACGUCGACGACGACACCCAUUAUACAAUCCCCUUUGUGAUCGAGAGAGGAUUCAAGAAAACCCUAAUUUGCGACUUAGAAGAAACCACCGUUGGCGGCAAUGGUAAGAUCAUUGUUUUUGGUUGCGAGUUUUGAUGAUGGCCAACAUUGUGGUGCAAUUUAUGAAAUCGAAAUUGGUGACGGAGGAGCUAAAUUCAUCGGUCCUCCGUGUAAAUUGUUUACUUGCCUUGAAGAAAGAUGUCAUUCAGUGGUUGAUUGUGAUAUGAUAGGAUCGGAGAUAUGCUUGAUGGCUUCGUAUAGACCAGAGGGUAUGCACAAAUUAACCCCGUUCGAACCCCUUAUUUUCAAUACAGAUGCCAAAGUGCUCCUUGAGUUGCCAAAGCCACAAGCAAAAAAAACCUUAUCCGAGAGUGAUGGCAGUGCAUGGAAGAGGUUUUUAUGUGCUUGCUUCAGAUACCAUGUGUGCCGGCAUCCUCAUAAAAUCCCCGUCGUUUGAACGUUUGGACCAUGUUGAAGGCGUGUGGGAUUCUUCUGCUGUCCUACCUGAGUACCGUGCGGAGGAAACUGAGAACAUGUAUGUUUCGGGUAGAGCAGUCAUCGAUGACAAUAUCCUCAUUUCUCUUGUAAGUGUAUUCUCUAGUAGCAAAACUGAAUUCCAUUGUUACAAAGUCGGGAGUUCCAUGGAGAAGUGGCAGGUCGUCAAAAAGGAAGAAAAGGGCGUACGAUAUCAUUACUUCGAGGGAAGGGCUGCAUAUGUUGGUGAUUCGGUAUACUUUUUGGUAGAUUGUUUUCUGUUGGUUGCAUAUAGUGUCAGAUUUUCUGGCGAUGGUAUCAUUCAAUCCCUCAGUGCUCCACGGAUAAUGAUUCACCAAUGUUUCCAGAAGACUUAUUCACCUCAUGUCUUGUUCAUUUGGGAAAUAGAGAAUUUUGUGUGGCGAGGACUGAGUUCAAUGUAAGGUCUCGUAGUAAAGUUCAAUAUGUUACCAUCAUCACCCUGAAAAUUUCCGAGAGCAUGGAACUGGUCAUCUUGAGUUCAGAUGUCUGCGCCUUGAAUACGGAUGGCUUCGGUUAUGCACAAUUAACAUCCCUUUGUUUUAACUCCCAGAAAGCUUUCAAAAUUUUGGGAAUUGGAAUAGUCAAGAUCAAGACGCAUAAUGGGUUGGUGAGAACAUUGUCAGAUGUGCGACAAGUACCGGAUCUGAAGAUGAAUCUUAUUUCAGUAGGUGUGCUAGACUCCAAAGGUUACAAGUUUGUAACAGAGGGUGGAGUAAUGAUGGUCGUGAUGGAUUCUCUUGUGGUGCUACAGGGCACCAAAGUGAAAAAUUUGUAUAUUCUCCAAGAGAAUACAGUAACAGGUGGAGCUUCUACAGGGUCUUUUACAGCUAGCAGAAAUCUGCGUUCAGGUCUUGGCAAAAGAAGAGUUAGAAAGAGGUGUGACGAUCCUAGUUCUCAAAAGGGUUGUGAGGGGACUGCACAACAUGGUGGGAGAAUGAAAUCAGUUUUCAGAUGGCAACCGAAAUUGCAGCAGUCCUUACAGGGAGGUAGACCGAUGAGGACGGGUGUGAUAUUGACUUGCAAUAAUCUUGAUGGCAAUAAGAUAGUCCAUUCGAGUGCCAUUAAGAUGCGUGGGAGGCAAGUAGUUGGUCACAACAGAGAUGCGAGGAAAAGUCAAGGACGUCCUAUUCUCCACAAGGGUGAGAUGAUGACUUUUCAUUACCAAUCGGUGGUUUGUGGGCGGUUGGAGAAGGUUGCUGAAGGAGAUGUCAAACUUGGAAUUUCUGAGGUUGCUUUUGGUAAACAUUUAGAGUUUGACACAAAUACUGGAGGUAUGUUUAUGGCUGCGCAAGACAUACAUGGGUUGAAGAAUGAAAGCCCGAGGGUUAAGUUUGAGGAUGACUCAAACUUAACUAAAAUUCUUAAUUAAUUUUUUUUGUGAAGAAGACAGUUUGUUUUGCAGAGAUACAGUGGUUCAUUUGAAUUUUCGCCAAGGUGGAGAUUUGUUGAACAUAUGGCUCAAAUUGUGGCUGCAGCUGGGGACCACAAUUUUGUGUGAUCAGCAAAUAUAUUGCAUCAUCCCUUAAGUCAGUUUUUUCUUGGCAGCCAAGGUGAGUGUUCAAGAAGCUGUGCCAUGCGUGGUCAACAAGAAUAUACUUGAUCAGCAAGCAUAUGUUGAUGUUUUUUUUGGCUAUAAAUAGCUUUGCCCUCCAUGGUGUUAAAGCAUCCCAAAUCAAUUGAGUGAGUUUGUAAUAUCAGUGAGUGAGUGAGAGAGUUUUGGGUGUAAUUAGGUUUUGGGUGUGAGCCACUUUGCCUUGUAUCUCUUUAUUUCCAUAGUAAAAUAUUGUUUUGCCUUCUCCCCGUGGACGUAGGCAUAGCUGAACCACGUAAAUCCUUGUCUCGUUUGUGUGUGUCAUUUUUUUUUUCUUAUCAUUUAUUUUCUCUUGUUCUCAUAAACUCCCAUUCGAUCCUUUUUUCAUAACAUAUAUUGUGAUUAUAAAUCAUAUAUUUGUUUGACAUCGCAGUGCUAUUAGCAAAAUAAAGAUGAUGAGUUCAAUGAAGGAGUCAGAUUGGCCAUCCCUUCCAAAGGACUUAUUGGAUAUGACAAUGGAGGAGGAGUCAAAUUUGGCAUGGCUUCCAAAGAACUUAUUGGAUAUGAUUUUGGACAAGUUGGUAUCGCUUUCUGAAUAUGUUCGAUUUGGUGCGGUUUGCAAACCAUGGCAGUCUGUGGCAAUGGAUAACAAAUUUAAAUUCAUUCAAAAUAAGUUCUUCAGACAAGUUCCAUUCUUGAUGGUGCCUUCGAAAGAUAAUAGCGACGAAAGACGUAGUCUAUACAGCAUCACUCAUAAUAAGUUAUAUGAUUUUCAGUUACGGGUGCCUUAUAAAAAGAGGCUUUUUUGUUCCUCACAUGGUUGGGUGUUUACAGUGGAAGAGUCCUUAAGCAUAACUCUAAUGAAUCCGUUCUCUGGCGUUACCAUCGAGCUUCCUCCAAUUAUGGACCUCUUAGAAUAUCCUCCUGAAAACGAAGAUGAUAGUCCUUUUUAGGUUGAGCUUGAAGUGAAUAAGGCUAUAUUGUCAGUUGAUCAUGUUUUGUCUCUUAAUGACUAUAUUGUUACCACCAUCUAUGAUGGUUGUUGUAACCUGGCAUUUAUUCGGGCAGGAGAUGAAGCUUGGACUUACAUAGAUAAAAAGAGAUUUUUGUGGCAUCCAUGAUGUCAUGUAUUUCAAGGGUCGAAUUUUUGCAGUUGAUAAUAAAAAUAGAGUC